UACAUAAAGGGUGGCUGCUAUUUUAGAGAUUUAACACCAUAAAUUGAAUCAAUGAAAACAAUAAGACGAGUGCUUCUUUUGACUAAAUUGGCAUUGGAAAUGAGAAUAAAGUGCAUGCAUGGGCCUUCUUCUAAGUUCUAAAUAAGAGACGCGGGCAAAUUAUCUCACAACAUAAAAAAUAAUUAGAGUGAGGAAAAGUACGUACUACCAAAGCUAUAGCAUUUAUUUACAAUUGACUAACAAGAAAACAAUUGCAGAAAAGUGAUUAUACGCGUUGACAAUUUUCACCAAAUUUCUAAUAAACCACAUUUGUUAAAUCAAAAGAAAACUACAACAAACAGUUGUCAGCUACGAAGUUUAGAGACUAAAUAACAUGAGAGGAGAGUGGUUAAAACAAAUCUAUCGAAAGAGACCACCCUUGCUAAAACAAGGGUUCAUUUAGAAGAAAAAACUGAGUGUUGGGUGUUGGUCCUCCUAAAAGUGAUAAAGAAAAGAAAUUGAGGGUUGAUUGGUAGUUGGUAGUAGCAAUAGGAACACAGGAAGAAUAGAGCUUGGUUGCUGCUACCUGCUAAAGCUAUAGCGGAUGGAAAUUGGUGUGAAUAGGAUAUGGCUUGUUUUAAUGGAUCGGAAAAUCGAUAGUGUAAGAAAGUAAAAAAUGCAUAUUUAGAUGAUUUAUUAAUACAAUGUGUGUUAGUUAUGUCUACGGAUAGAAAUUAUUAGUUUUAGUAUUCUUGAGAAGAUACAUAUUACAGAGAUUGUGAAGGUACAUGUAACACCUAUCUCCAAAAGGCUCGGCCCUAUGACUUUGAAGUCGAUGACAAAUAAUAAGUUUUCGAGCCAUAACAACAUGACUCCAAAUGAGUAACCCCUCAUAUUACAUUGGAUAUUGAAAAAUAAUGAUUGAGGCGACAAGCUAUCUAUCAGUAGGAAUGACAAUUAUAUGUAUCUCGCAACUGUCGAACCCUCCUUGUUCCAUUUAACAUGGAAAUUUUCAUCCUUUUAUCAAUAUAUAGAGAACAAGUAUGUUAAUUUGUGACUUGUUUAAGGGAAGGAAGAAAAAUGCACGACAUCAAUGUCCAAUAAGAGGGUUCAUGUUGAAGACUCAAACCUCAUAGAGUACGAAUUCUCAGCUAACAGUUUUUUGCUCGUCUUUUCGUUUCACAAUUCUACCUCGUUUAGCUCCAUCAAAAUUCAAAACAGUGAGAUCGCAUAUUUGUUAUGUGCUAUGAAUCGGCAUCCGUCAUCAACGAUUAUUGUGAGAUAUCUAAAAAAAAAUUAUAUCACGAAAAAUAAUAAGCGAGUCGUCUACAAAAUAUAAUAGUUUGUCUCUGACAAGCAACCUUUCGAUCAUGUUCAUGUCCUAAGAUUAUAUGACCACUAGUUAGUGUAAUGCAAAGGUCAAACAUGUCACAUGUCCUUCUACACCAUGCUGUCCGACCGACCGGUGUAGAUAUUUACAGGCAGCAUCUCAAUAUUAUCUCAUUCAUUCUGGGGCCGGUCAAUAGUCACUACUACUCACGUUCCUCUGCUUUAGGUUUUGCCAGCCAUGGCUUUCCCCUGUCAAGGUAAAACCUACUUUGUUGUCGGACAUAACGUUUAACAUCUGGGAGAUUCCAUAUAUGAUUCUCAGGCUGGAUUAUUUAUGAUCUUGUUGUAUACUCUAAAUGGGAUUUGCCUUGAAUUACGCAAAACAGAGAGGGCAAGUUGCUAAAUUUCUUACCAAACGUACACCACCGAUCUUUCCUUUCCUUCUCGUCCCAUUACCAAACUACGCAGCUUCUAAAACAGAGGAAUAGAUUGCGCCACUUUGAAUAGCGUCAAGAAAAGGGGAGCGAACCUUCUAAAACAGAGCAGGAGCAUGAAACCAUCUGCCCGUUUAAUAAAGGUAAUAAAAUAUCCUCAAGAAUUCAACGGUAAAGAGAAAAGAAGAAAGGAAACUGAAGCAUCCAUAAAGCAACACGAAACCCUCCAUCUCGAGUGCAAUGGUUUCCCUACACGUAUACCAGACAAACCCCCCCUCAAAUCAUCAAUUCUAUAUAGAAUAGAGAAACCCCAAUGUUCAGUUCAAUCAUCAAUUCUCCAUCAAUCAGUAUUUCUAACAAAUAUAUAGAGAAACCCCAAUGUUUGUACCGCUACUAAUUCCUAAUCAUAAUCAAUCCAUCAUAUGAGAAGAUUAAGGAGUCUAGUAAUUCAGCAUGUCAAACCUAAGAGAAAGAUAAAAUGAUUGUUGUACUGUAAAUUCAAACAUAUGCUAAAAUUCUCACCUAUUAUUAGAUUCGUGAUCAAACAUUUGUGACUGGAAAUACGAACACAACAUAAUUCUCCCUGAAUUUUACACCAUCCAACUCAUUUCAAUCCGAACUUUCUGAUUGAACCAGAAUCAAAGAUCAGCAAAUAGUGAUGUAUGAUAUAUUUGCCUGUAAAAAUUUGUCAUCUCAGUCGGUCUCAUGACAACCGUGAGUCAGCUCAUAUGAAAUAACAAUACAAAUAACUAUCACAUUCACCACCUUGAAAACAACUUGCCCUCUCCCUUUCUGUGAAUUGUCAUUACAACUUUACAAGAUCCAUCCUCCCGCAAAAGCUUGUCCCCAAAAGAACCGGAAAUUCGCCUCCCAUUGUUUUGUAAUUUUCCCCAACCAACACACAGCAACACCACCAAUUCCCUCUCCUCUCCUCUCCUCUCCUCAGACGCAAAAAUCCAAAUCGCCUCCACCACUACCCACCACCGUCUUCAAUUCAAAAUCCCCUCCACGCCCUACUACACUAUGUACUAUAUAUUCACUCUCCCCUCAAAUCCACCAUUGAUUUGAACCAACCCAAACUCAACCCACACCUCCCCCCAACAAUAAAUCGCCGCCGCCAUGGCCUUCUCAAUCCGCCACUCUGUUUCCCUUCCCCUCUUCAUCUUCCUAAUUUCCCUUCUACCCGAACACUACUGUCUCGCCUCGAAGCCGCCUCGCCAGAUUUUCGCCCUGAAAACAGAGACCCACCAGCGGAUUCCCAAUUCCAGGCUCUUCAAGACCCUCGCCGCGGGUUCCAAGUCCGACAAGAUGCUCUUCCACCACAACGUCUCCCUCACCGUCUCCCUCACCGUCGGGUCGCCGCCGCAGGCCGUGACGAUGGUGCUCGACACGGGUAGCGAGCUUUCCUGGCUCCAUUGCAAGAAAACCCCCGGAUUGAAUUCCACAUUCGAUCCGCUCGCUUCCAAAUCGUACGCCAAAGUCCCCUGCGCCUCGCCCACUUGCCGGACCCGGACCCGGGACCUGUCCAUACCCGUCUCCUGCGACCCGGCCAAGAUCUGCCACGUCACCGUCUCCUACGCCGACGCCACCUCGAUCGAGGGCAGCCUCGCCUACGAGACGUUCCGGAUCGGGUCGAUGACCCGACCCGCUACCCUGUUCGGGUGCAUGGACUCCGGGUUCAGCUCCAACUCCGAGGAGGACGCGAAAUCGACGGGGCUGAUGGGGAUGAACCGCGGCUCGCUCUCCUUCAUCAACCAGAUGGGCUACCCGAAAUUCUCCUACUGCAUCUCCAGCCUCGGCUCCUCCGGCGUGCUGCUCCUCGGCGGCGACGCUUCCUUCUCGUGGCUGAAGCCGCUCCGCUACACCCCGAUGGUGAAAAUCGACGACCCGCUGCCGUACUACGACCGGGUCGCGUACACCGUCCAGCUGGAGGGCAUAAAGGUAAACAACAAAACCCUGCCCGUACCGGAAUCGGUCUUCCAGCCGGACCACACGGGCGCUGGCCAGACCAUGGUCGACUCGGGUACCCAGUUCACUUUCCUGCUCGGCGAUGCCUACACAGCGCUGCGAACCGAGUUCCUCGCCCAAACCAAGGGGAUUCUCCGGGUCCUCGAUGACCCGAACUACGUGUUCCAAGGAGCCAUGGACUUGUGCUACCUGAUCGAGUCGACCCGGACGGUCCCCCCACCUGGCCUGCCCGGAGUCACGCUGAUGUUCCAAGGGGCCGAGAUGACCGUAUCGGGCGACAAGCUGCUGUACCGGGUGCCAGAACCGGCGGGGAAGGGGAGGGAUUCGGUGUGGUGCUUCACAUUCGGGAACUCCGAGCUGCUGGGGAUCGAAGCGUUCGUUAUCGGGCAUCACCAUCAGCAGAAUGUGUGGAUGGAGUACGAUCUGGCUGGGUCGAGGAUCGGUAUCGCGGAAGUCAGGUGUGACGACGCUGGUCGACAACUUGGGUUACAUGUUUAGUGAAGUUCGGACACGUUUUAGGCAGCACUGUAAAUUACUAAAAAUUUUCCUUGUUUUUUUUUUACGGUGGUAAGUAGAGGGUCCGGGUGAAUGGGCGGGGUGAAAUAUUUUUGUGGGGAGUAGAAGACACGUGGUUUUGUUGUCUAAUUAAUUGAAAGGGCUCGUCUCAGUGGUAUGGCCCGAUCAUUGAUCGGACAAUGGUGGGCUAUGUUGAGGAGUAAAUAUCGGAACAUGGUUUAUGGGUUGGGUUUCAUUUACACCUUACUUAUUAUUGUACAGUUGUACUGCGGAUUUCUGAAUAAACUUCAGCCUCACAAUGAAAAUGUCUCCUGCUUUACCAUUUUUUUUAACUCUAUAAACUAUAAUAUGAUUAUGGAAUUGUGUGCUUUAAAGCUUUUCUUGUACUUUGUUUUAUUCUUAGGGGUUAAACAAAUACGAAAGCAAGGAAUUUCCUUGGGUGCGGUUACGGUGCUAAUUGUACAAUAGUUAGCACCGUCCUAACUAAGGGAAAAACUACUACUAGUUUGAAUUAGUACUGAUUUUUCUUAGAUGUUGUAUUGAUUUUAUAAUAAUCCGUAGUGAUUUCGUUAUUUCUAAUAGCGUUUUUUGCUAGUUAUCACGGUGCUAACUGCUAUAAGGGUUAGCACUUAAUCCCAUCCCAAUUUCCUUUAUUCACACGUAUAGAAAAGGGCAUUAAAAAUGCCAGAGAAAAGGAAAAGGGAGGACAACCAUUCAUGAGGGGAAGGUAAUAGUUAGUUUAUUAGUUGGGUUUUCUGUUCUUGCGCGUUAUGAGACACGAACCAGCCGCUUGUUGUUGUACGUUCUGAAUGUCCGGGUCGGACUUUAAAAAUUGGCACAACUUUUGCCUUUCAAAAUAAUAUUAUAAAAAAAUAGUAUACAUAAUGAGUGUAGUAGAGAAUUUCAUUGGAUUUGGUGAGGCUUUUGAGCUUCGAGUAAAAGAAAUCAAAUAAAUUGUAUACAUUGUAGGUAGAUUGGAUUUGUAGAUUUAUGGAUUAAAUGUAUUGGUGAAUUUAUCGAUUCAAUCGUUUGGAUUGAUUGAUUGAUUGAUUCAUGAAUCUAAUGACAUGCAUUGAGAAAAUCGGAUCAUAAUAGAAUCAGACAAUUUGAUAGUGGACGAGAGCAGAGAUUGAGAAUUGUUACAUAAUAUUGACAUAUUGUAUGGAGAAGACAAAGUGAUUUAAAUCAGGCUGAAGAGAUGGCCUCGGAAUUUCUAAUGUGCUUAAUUCUCCUCGACGGCUCAAGAUAGAAUGCAUAACCAUUGUUUUCUUAAUCGACUCAUAUCUUCUUCGUUUUAACUCGAGUUUUUUUUUUGCACAUAUGGAACGAGUUCGUUGUGCUCUACAAAAUGAAAUUCAUUUCCAAUAUUUUUUAGGAAAAAAAUAAUUAAUUGUCUCUCGUUACCAACUGCAUUUCAUAUGCUCUUAUUUCAAUACGAGUCAAUAUCAUAUGAUAUAGACUUGUAAAAAAUGACUGAAUUUUUUUUUGUUCCAAAAAUAUAUCAAAGUGGAUAUCAUUUUGAAGAGCACAAUUAAUCUGAUCUAACUAUGCAAAAAAAAAUUAAAUUCCAAAUUAAAAUGAGUGAGAAAUCGUCUGUGAAAGAUUAAUAGGCAAAAUUAAAGGCUUUUCAUGAGAGAAAAGAGACGCUAAUGUGGCGAAUUCUGAUUAUGCAUGAUUAUUAAUCAAAGGUUAUGCACCUGAUCAGUUCCCCUCCUCCAUUACGUGACUUGAAUUAGAAACCGGAAAGGAAAAGAAGAAGUUGGGAACUCAGGGUCAGGGGAUGAGGGUGACCAUCGAUUGGUGGCAAUUAAUUAGGAUUAUAUAUUGAAAAGGUAAAUAAAAUUAUGGGGAGAUGAUUAAUUGAACUGAAGAGUGGUUUGUGGGGCUGUGGGUAGUGGAAUUGGGGUGGGUGGUUGAGGUGGCAACUGGCAUAGUGAAGGAUGGAUUCGUUGAUUUGGGUUGGGAAGGAAGUAUAUGGGCAGGAGGGGUGGAGUUUGUACUCGGGUCGGCUCUGACUUGUUCAUGGGUUAGACCAGAUCCGGUUCCAUAGGGGGGAACGGGUUGGGUAAGGCCUGCUUCAAAACGAGUCGGCCUGAAUCAGACCCUGUUGGAUGGAAUUGCCAGGCUUAAGAACAUUUGGAGUGCUUAUAAGAAUGGCAAUGGCUGUUCAGUGAGAAAACCAAAAUAGGAACAUAAACCGUAACGGAUAUUGUAUAUCUGUGUAAGAUGGGCAGAGGGUGUUUGAGUGGGGAGUGGGUGCCAGCCAGCCAGCCCAUAUGAAUAUCAGAAUAUGAUCAUUUGGCCUAGUGGGGGGAAGAGUGAAGACCAUACUGUUUGUUGGAUGCUUCACUGCUUGCUUGCUACCUAGCUGAUCAAUGUCGGAUAUCUCUCUUCAUUUUUUUAUGCUGUGCCAACAAGUCAAGCACAGAGAUCGCUGCAGUGGGAACUGGGAAAGAUUAGACUAGACUAGACUAGACUCGACUAGUAGUAUUAUACUAUACGCUGCUGGUAGGAAGGAGGAGUACGACUUCAGUCUGCUGCUGUGCUUUGCUUCAUAAUGAAUUUCAUAUUACUCUUGUUUUUUUAUAUAGGAAUAUUACUCUUAUUUGGUGUUUCUGUAUUUUAAUCAAUUUAAUGAAUUGAGCUUAAAAAGGAAGAAAAAAGAAAUAGAGGAUUCCCCUCCCGCUGUAAGACUAAUUAAUGUAGUUAAUAAUUAAUGACUGCGCCAUCCCGCAGCCAGGCUGGAAAUUGUUGUGCUCAGCAGCUGCCGUGUGGAAUCCCCACUUUCCCCAAUUUAUAACCCCUGCUGUCGCCUCACAUUUAAUUCCUUUAAAACCACGCUAAUUGAGAAAACAACUUCGGGCAAAAAGGAGAUACGACAAAUAUGUGUAUGGCCAGGUGGACUGGUUUUCAGAUCGUUAUAAUCUAACUAAUUUAUUUAUGUAAAAUACACUCACAAAUAGCAAACACAUAUAGUAUAUGAUACACCAAUAUGUCAAUUUAACAACAAGAAAAAUCAAAACGAUCUCUAAUAAUUUUUAUUCGACGAUAGGGGUUGCUAUUAUACACAAGGUGUAUAAAGUAGAGAGAAGAUAAUGUGCACAUCGUGCAGUGAAUAUAUAGGAAGGAGGAGCAGAGUCCUUACCAGCAUUUACCCUUGGGCCCAAUGUAUUGAAGGCGCUUAGUAUAGUAGCCAUCAUUAUUUGUGGCUCAAAUCUUUAAUCAUCAUAAAGAAUAACGAGCCUAAAUACUAAAUACAUUUUGAUAUAUGUACACAGUACACUUUAUUUAUCCGAACAAGAUAUUGGGAGUGGGCUGGGCUGGGCCGGGGACCUAGUAAGACCGUGUCGUCAUAAUUCUGAAUCGUCGGAAGCCCACGUGCGAUCCUAGCGCUCUAGGCCUAGGGUCUCCAAGUCAAAACUCAAAAGUCUACUACUUCCCUUCCAUCCCGCAAAUGUCAUCCUUGAUCCCACACUCGUGUGGUGCCAAAUUAAUAAAUAUACAAACAGAAAAGAACAUUGAAUCAAGCAAAAAGAAAAGACCGACCUCAAGAAAGAUAUUUUAUUAAUUAGUUGCAUGCCUCGUCGCAUUCGCGAUUCCGCCAUUGAUGACCUUCUUUCUCUCUUUUAUCGGCUCUUUCCUCUGUGGUGGCUUACAAUACAAGCCCACUAGUACCAUAGAUAAUCACAACGGUCCACACUCAAUCAGAAAAAUGUAAAUGGUCCACACAGCCAGACACAAGAUUGCCAGAAAACUGCUUUCGUAGUUGUCGUAACUCAAUUAUGUCAAUGAUCAAUGUGGGGAUAGGAUUUUCUGGCCCCUCACUCACUAAACCCCAUUCAGUUUUUAGAUUGAUAACAGAUUCGUUCAACUGCCUAGGAUGAAUGAUGUGGUUCCCAUUGCACGAUACGACUCAACGUUGUCCUGAAUCUUAAAAAAGGGGGAACACUAUGAUGGUUUUUGCAAAACUUUUUAACCAAUUGCUCGUAGUUUGGGUAAUCAAAAUCGAAAAAUAGU